AUGAUUUUGCCCCAAUUUCCGAUUCUUCCUCAACCACCAUCAUGGUUCCCGGGGCACAUGAUGAAGUUCACGCGGAGCCUGCCUGCUUUACUCAAAAGGACGAACGUCGUUCUCGAAAUCAGAGACUCGCGGCUUCCGCUGACGAGUAUAAACAGGACUUUGGAAGGUGCGUUGAAAAAAUGGAGGCUUGAACGAGGAUGGGAUCCGAAUAAUCCGGGUCGCCGUUUCUUUGCUGUUGAAGCAUGCGAACACAUUGUCGUGUUGAAUAAACGCGACCUUGUUCCUGAGUGGGGCCUGGAGCCUUUUCGAAAGGCUAUGGCUGCGAAGUAUCCACACCAGCAGCUCUUCUUCGCAUCAUGGCAGCGGCCACGGGAUAUUCGUACUCUCAACGAGAUCCUUGUAAACAUCGCCAAGGAGUACCCCCACGCGAUGGAGCUGAACGUCCUUGUAAUUGGUAUGCCAAACGUCGGCAAGUCGACAUUACUGAACGCACUUCGAAGUAUGGGAAUUAAAGGCCGAACGGCAAAAGCAUUUCAGACUUCGGCGAACCCUGGAAUGACGCAAACUUUGUCUACGAGGUUAAAGUUAUCCUUAGACCCGCUGGUGUACGCAUAUGAUACACCCGGAGUCAUGUUGCCCUUCCUUGGCCGUGGGGCGGAGGGCGCCGAAAGAGGAGUGAAACUUGCUCUCAUCGCGGGCAUCAAAGAAGGGUUAUACGACAUGGAAGCGCUAGCUGCGUAUCUGCUCUACAGACUAAACGUGCUGAAUCCCAUAUCGCCGGCGUAUUUACAGUUACUGCCGCCUGGAACUGCCCCAACGAACGAUGUGGAAGAGUUCUUGAUGCUACUUGCCAAGCGUAUGGGCAUGAUCAAGCGCGGCGCUGAGGUGGAUCUCAGUCGUGCUGCGGUAUACUUUGUGCGGUGGUGGCGCGAGGAAGGAGGGCUCUUGUCUGCGGCUUCGUCACCCCGUUUAGAAGCCAACCUGUCAAAAGACCUGAAUUCGCCAGCGUCACGUACUCUGGCCUGGGGUUUUGACUUUCAGUGGGAUCUGCAGCCGGAGGACACGCCGCUGGGUUAUAACCCCGAAACCCUCAUCCAACAGAAGAUGGAAGAGACGAUAGAGGAAUACGUACAAGCUACGGAACGGGAAGAGGCUGAUGAAAAUAACAUCAGUCAAACGCAAAUAAAAAAGAAAGCAGUAUUAGAGGAGAAGGAGAAAAGGCGUCUGAAGCAUGCGGCUAAGGGUGGAAGACGGUAG